AUGCCAGUUGAGGUUAAGCGACUUCACUUGGUGAUUCAUUGGCUGCUCAUCCAGUCGUUCGUUCUCUGUUUGGCCUAUGAUUUCGGCUAUCAUCCGAGUGCCGAAGAGUUUGAUAGUUUGUUGCGCGAGACAAGAACCUGGACGCGUGACUUAUUGGCCGAUAAGCGGCAACGCGAACGAUUUGUGCCCCGCUAUCGACAGCGGGAUCAGCGUCAUGAUUAUCGUCCGGAAUUGGAUUUCCAAAUGUUUAGCCAGGAACAGGAGCAGCAGCAGCAGGAGCAGCCGUAUGUGUACGAAACUGUGGAGGAAAUACCCGAAGACAUGCAUCAUCAGCCAGAUACACUUCAAGUGCAGAGUCAACUGAUAGAGAUACAUGAGCCUUCUGCAGCUGCUGGUGCUGCUGCGCCACAUAAAACACCUUCUCGAAAUGCAACAAGUUUUCCCAUAUUCUUCACCAACCCGGCCACGGGCAUAGUCUAUGCUUUGAGCGAAGUUGGUGGCUCUCAACCGAGGAAUGAUAGUGGAACGGGGAUGGGGGCAGGUGGUGGCAUCUCUAUAUAUGUUACCAAGGCACAAUACGAUGCAGACCUGAAGGCAUUGCAGCAGCAUUACGAGGAACAGUGUGCUCUUGCUGUGGCCAAGCCACCUCAGCCUCAAGUUACUUCAGUAUUAUCCACACCAAAUGUAACACCACCGGCACUUGCAACUCAUCGCCCCCAAAUUAUACGCCUGGAGAAACCGAAGCGGACUACAGCUCCACGACCUAGCAAUAAGUUGCCCCCUAAGCCCACACCUCGUCCGCCGCCCAUAAUGGUGACCAGUAGGCCUCAGAACUCCAUAAGCGAUCAGUUGCUGAAGCUACCUAGCACAAGGAAACCCAUACAAAGCACCACACGACGCACUCCCGUGAGGAAGACCAAGCGGAAGAAGCGUAAAAAGAAAACUCCAACGGGAGUGAAACGAAGACCUGGCCAUAAGAUGAACAAAUCCAGUACUGAUCCUCCUGCUGGUCCCGCCAAUGGAGCACCAACAAUUGUGAUCGGUAAACGACCGAGCACAACGUCCAAAAUGACUACGCGAAGCCCACCAGCAGCCACACAGGUGGAAAAGCCGCGUAUGCCACAAUCUACCAUACCAACGGAUACCAUCUUCAGCAUCAGUCAGCAGUCCAAUGGGAUUGGGCACCAUAUUGAACGCCGAUCGCUAGAAGCAGCAACGGCUGCCGCCAAGAGAGUCGGCAACAGCAGCAGAAGACGACCCAAAAGUAAGCCUAGACGAAAAAAGAACAAGAAACCAGAAACCUUACCCCCCCCAACAAGAAAAACCGAACCCCAUUCUCCUCUACCCCAUGCGGUGCACCUUCUACACCGACGACGACAAAAUUCCACUGAAAGCCCUACAACAGAGUCAAAGCGACGCCAGCUCAAACGUCGCCGAGGAGAAGGCCUCAACUUUGACCUCUUCGAUCUCGUGGCGGGUGAGGAUUACGAUGAUGACGAUGAUUUCUAUUACAAUGACGGGGGGGAAGAAGACCUAAAAGAAUCUAGCUAUACGAGCACCGAGACUCAGUCCGUUCCCCAUGAAGACAGCAGCUCAGCGGAAGAGGGCGCAGAUUUUGGUGCCCUGGUUGAAGAGCCUCUUCCAGUCACUUCCACCAUGCCACAGAUCUCGAGCUUCAGUAAUGAAGAUACGGAGAGCAAAAAUAGUCUGGGAAACAAGCGUAUUCGACGAAGACCAACGACCACAGCCACCAAUUCCGAUGAAGACUAUGACGAUGAGGAUGACGAUGAUCCCGAUGGAGACUCUGGCAUUGGCGGUUUCUUUCGCAUGAUUUUCUAUCCCGUACAGGUGGCAAUGUCUCGAAUUUUUGAUGGUUUCAGCGGUUCUACGGAUGAGGAUAACGAAGUCGAGACCUCAAAGCCAAAGUAUCCUGGCUAUACGCUAUAUCACAGUGCACAUAGCAAUGAAGCCCUCGCCGAGGACGAUGACGUCGACGACGAUGACGAGGCAGAGACUGAUGGAUCGUUGGGCAGUUGGUUUAGCUCGUGGUUUGGCUUUCAAAGACGGACCAAAAAAAUUGCCAGCACCACAGUAAUUCCUGUGCCUCCUGCCCCGCUGCCUACCCCACCACCAACCCAGGCACCGGGGUGGCUGGAGAGUUGGUUUGGGUUUGGUAAAGCCACCACAGAAAGUGCACCGGAAGCAGCAUCAAGUGAGGAUGACUACGACAAAUGGUUUUCUGGUUGGUUCGAUUCCAAACCAAAACCCAAGGCCAGACGUCGCACAACUUCGACAACAACCUCCACAUCGACGACAACCACACCCAUUCCACAAGUGCCCAUACUCACAAUAGUUGAUCCGUUGAGAAACCCUCAAAACUGGAUAGGCAUACUAGCCCAUCAUAUAGUCAAUUCAACGGGAACAAAUGGAGCAACACAGACAACGACGACGACGACAAAUCCCCUACUGCAGGCCCUGGUAACCCGCAUGACAACGACAACGCCGCAGCCGGAUUUGCCAAGAAGGAUUAGCUACGACAAAUAUCAAAUAUGGCGACUGAAACCACAAGAUGAGCCACAAGUGAGAGCUCUGGAGCAGUUCAAGAAGGGUGAAGAUGGCAACAAGCUGCAGUGGCUCAAGGGUCCCAGUUUAAGGGGCCUCACCGAUGUCCUGGUGCCUCCCAAAAUGCUUAUCGAUUUCCAAGGCACUCUCAACUUUGAGGGAAUCGCCCAUGAAGUUCUCAUUUUUGAUGUGGGCAAAGCCAUUGCCUACGAACAAACCAAAGAAGAGUAUUUGUAUACGACCCCGAUGAGUCUAAAGCGUCCCACAGUGAAACCUCCAGCCAAACGACCACCCAUGACCUGGAACAAGUAUCACGACUACGAUGACAUUGUCAAAUACUUGGAAACAAUACGAAUGCGGCAUGCCCAGCUAAUAGAGCUGAUACACAUAGGUCGCACCUACGAGGGCAGGCCGUUGAUUGUGGUCAAAAUCGAGUCCAAACAGUCGGCGGCAGCAGCAGCAGCUAGUGCCACUUCCAUUGCAUCGGGACAUAAGCGGCUCAGGCACAAGCGAAGACCGGGACAGGCCAACGCUGUGUUCAUUGAGGCAGGAGCCCAGGGUCUGGCAUGGAUAGGACCAGCGGCAGCCACUUGGAUGAUCUCUGAGCUUUUACGCCUUAUGAAAUCGAACAAGAGCGACGAGGAGCACGAUUUCGUACGGAACACAACCUGGUAUAUAAUGCCUGUACUUAAUCCCGAUGGCUAUGCCUACAGUCAUGAGUAUGAUCGUUUCUGGAGGAAGUCGCGCUCUCAGCAUGCAGCCAAGGCACCAAGUGGUCUCCUCGACUCGGCCAUGACUUGGCUACAGCAAAAACGUGGCCCAAACAAGGUAUGCUAUGGCGUGGAUCUGGAUCGAAAUUGGCUAUAUCAGUGGGGCAAGAGGGGCAGCUCCAAGGCGCCCUGCAAUGAAUUUUACGCGGGUCCAGCUCCAUUUUCCGAACCCGAAACAAAAGCUGUCUCCGAUUUCCUAAUGGACUAUCGUACGCAGAUUAAGCUUUAUAUAUCACUACAGGCCUACGGUCAAGUGGUUUCGUAUCCCGUCAAGGCGAAUUCUACCUUCAAUUCGGAACGUUUGGAUGAUUUCCUAGAUGUUGCCAUGGUGGGCACGGAUGGAUUACGCAAAAAGGGCAGCAAAUCGCGCUAUAAGGUCGAUUCGGCCAAUGAUCUCAUUGAACAGCGUUCGGGUUGUGCGGAUGCCUUUGCUGCUUAUGAGAUUGGUAUACCAUUCAGUUAUACCCUGCAAUUGGCCGAUAAUGGCGUCCAUGGGUAUCUAUUGCCCAGUAGUGCAAUUGAGUCGACAUCUCGAGACGCUUUCGAUAUAAUCUGCGGCAUGUUGGACUAUAUUUAAUGCCAGAAAGCUUGCGAACAAUCAUAUUAGUUCCUUCCAUUUCAUAUAAUAUCUUAAAUCUAAUUUUCAUUAGACAUACAAAAAUAUUAAGGAAAAGUCCAAACAUUCACAUGAACUUGAUUGUAGUAGAUUGUAGAGUUUUUCACUUGCAGAAUUUUGUAAAUAAUAGGGAUGGUUGGUAUCGGGAUCUCGAGUAACCAAAAUUACAAAAUACAGUGAAACCUC